CAUCCAUUUGCGAACACAUUGAAAUUUGAAAUCAUUCAUAAACAAAUAUUCGUGCGAGGUGGUAGUUUGAUCAUUGUAAAUUUCUUUAGUGAUUUAAGUUUUAAAUAAGUUGAUAAUAUUGAGGAUAUAAAGACCAAUGGCACAGGUACAUGGAGUUCAUCCAUAUUUUGGAGAUGAUGUUCCAAAAAAUUUCUUCGAUUUUUCGGAAGCAUCUAUACGGAGAGGAUUUAUUCGUAAAGUAUAUGCCCUUGUUAUGUGCCAACUCCUAGUAACAAUGGGUUUCAUAUCCAUUUUCGUCUUUAACAAACCGACGCAGGAAUUCGUAGAGGCACACCUUUAUACAUUAUGGAUAGCAUUAGGAGUUGUGUUGGUGGUAAUCAUCGCAAUGGCCUGUUGUGUGUCUGCUCGACGAAAAGCACCAUAUAAUUUUAUUUUCCUGUUCAUAUUUACCGUCGCCGUGAGCAUUCCGCUGGGCUUCAUUUCCAGUAGAUUUCAAAUUAAAGAGGUGUUUCUAGCAUUAGGUAUUACAGCCGCUAUAUGUCUGGCUCUCACCAUAUUUGCGCUUCAAACGAAAUGGGAUAUGACUAUGUGUGGUGGAUGGCUGAUAGCCACUCUGACGGUUCUAAUAUCGUACGGUCUCAUAAUGUUGUAUCUACCAUAUAGCAACAAAUUACGUCUUCUAUACUCUGGUGUUGGGGUUCUUAUAUUCUCUUUGUACUUAGUCUAUGAUACACAGAUUAUGAUAGGAGGAGAACACAAAUAUAGCAUUUCACCAGAAGAAUACGUUUUCGCCGCUUUAAAUAUAUAUAUGGACAUUAUACAUUUAUUCUUAAGGAUUAUUCGAUUGUUUCGAUGACACCAUAAUAUCCUUCAGACUCCAAUAUUGCCGAAAUGUUAAUUCCUACAUCAAGUACAAUAAUCGCUUGAUAUAACGGAUUCCUCUUAGAUUCAAAGACAAGUUUAAGUGUCAAAUCUUCCAUGUGUCUAAAUAUGUUCUUAGCAUUUGUCUCCAGUCUCUUAAAUAUUAUAUUUACAAUUCAUACAUUUGUUUAUGUUUACUAAAAAUAUCAUUAUAAUUCACGCGAUACCUCAAACCUAACUGCCCAGUGAUAUCUGUGGUAAUUUUAUAAAUCUAUAAUAUUAAUAAUACAGUAAACCCUACUAUAACACGGUAGAUUGAUUCAACGUUGUGAAACGCGUUGUAUUAGUAUUCCCACAUAACGCGUAUGUAUGACUCCAUAUUACGCGUUAUGUCCAAAUGAUUCGCGUUUAACUUUUAAAUUUAAUCGAAUGUUAUGAACGAAAUAGUCAAUCAUUCUUCAUGUCACAGUACAGAAACAUAACGUGUGAAAUCUCUGCGUGAAUGAGGGAAACCCCGUGUUAUACGAGGGACUGUCGCGUAAUAUGAAAUUGCGGUAAUCGAGUACCGUGUUAUAAGGGGAAUUACUGUAUUAAUAUCGGUGACUUAGAUUGCGACGACGUAACGCAACGAAGUUGUAUGAGAAUGGUCACUUGAGCGAUAGCUGUCAUUUAUCUUAGCCCUACCGUAGUAAACUAGCAACUAAUACAUGACUGAUACUGAACUAAUUGCCUCACUUUAAACUAAACAAAAAAUCUAAAAAUAUAACAUAUAAAUCAGUAUGAUUUGAAGUACUGCUUAGGCGCUUUAGGUAAGUUGUGUAUGUCAAAUCCAGUACAUGUAUGAGAAACGACAGUCAAACUUAGCACUUAGUAUGUAAUCUGAAUUUUGACUUGUGGUUUCUAAUGCGAACGGACAUUACGAUUUUGAUAAAUUGCAUUUUUGACAGCUCAAUCGUUAUGGACUUCUCAUACAAUUUUUAUAGUUUACUAGUGCGUGAGACUAAUCACAUCACUGAACUUAUUUGAAUGGGAAUGACAUUAGCUCACGCUUUGUCACCGUUGUGACCAUUUUCAUACAUAUUAGUUUGGCGAUAGCUUCGCCUGUGAAAAGUGGUUUUGUUUCAAGCCCUUGCUCGGUUUAUAUAGGAAUAGGAAUGUUACAUGUUCGUACUUCCGUUUAGGUAUAGGGUUAGGAUACGCUUAUGGCACGCAUACAUUUUCAGUGCGUAAAACCUAGCGUUACUUUCGGAGGAAGAGCAGAACUCUCUUUCCUCCACAUUACUCAUUCACCGGAUUAAGAAAAGACAUUUAUGUUCCUAAAACAUUAGUGUUAUUAAGACUUAUGUUAGUUUUGAUUAAUAGUAAUUUUUCUGUAGUUUUAGCGUCUCAAUGAUUUCAAAUGACAUCCUGGCGGGGAUUUGUUUCUUGACAAUUUUCUUACCUUUUGUAAUAAAUAUGAA